UCCUCCUCCAGUGCCUCAGUCCCCCUCACCCACCGCAUCUGUCUAGUCCCACACAUCGAAUUCAACUAUACCUUCUAUUUCGAGCCAAUGUUCUGCGACCUCACAGACGGCGACACCCCCAUCCGCAUUGGUCGCUUCUUAGAUCACUCAAUUCCAAACGCCAAAUCCACAAACAAAAUUACCUUCAAGACCCGUGUACUCUCUCGCAUCCAUGCAGAGAUCUGGUCAGACAAUGGCAAGAUUUAUAUCAAAGACACCAAAUCGUCAUCAGGCACUUUCCUCAAUCAUAUCCGCCUAAGUCCUGCAGGCUCUGAGAGCACAUCAUAUCAGCUCAAAGAUGGCGAUAUUGUACAGCUCGGCAUCGAUUAUCAGGGUGGUCAAGAGGAUAUUUACAAAUCCGUCAAGAUACGGGUCGAAAUCGGACGCAGCUUGCAA